AUGACCCAAAGCUGUCUAGACUCAGGCGAUGAACUGCAGCUUUGUGAUGUGAUUGACGGUACAGAUUUACCAGAAGAAUGGGGCGAAGAGAACCUUGAACUUGACGGUACAAAUGACGUUGAAUGGGCUAUUGAAGCAAACAAGAGGGGUCGCGCAUCUCCAAAUGAGAAGUUUGUGGACUGCUGUACUUAUCCAAUCAAUCGAAAAAGCAGACGAGCUAUGUGGCAAUCAUACGCACGAACAAAGAAAGACAGGUUGGAUUGGACUAAGCAAGCCAUGUGUUUAUCACACAAUACCCCAGAUUCGUGGACCGUUCUCUCAGACGAUUACUAGAAACAAGAGAGACAAAUAAAUGAUGUGUAAUGAUAACGACUUCAAAGCCCGUUAUACCAGUGCAGAUCCGUCUUUACGAGAGAUGUCACGGCCACGCCGGGUAGCAGUCUUUGUGAUUGAACAGAUCGUUCAGUUCAGGAUGAAAAAGCGAUACUGGCCAAGAUGGUAGCCAGGGUGAUGCUGAUGGUUUGGAAGGGCUGAGAUGCACAAGAGAUAAGUUUUGAAAGCUAGUGAAUAUGCACGGUUAAAAUUGAGACCGAAUCGAGCUCUGUGGUAGCAAGAUCGGUGUGUGCGUGUACAUAAAAAAUCCUAAGGCUUACUGCCGUGAGUCUGUUCAACUCAUCAGGCUUUCGCUGCGACCCGGACCUGGGGGUUUAAGAACACACGAGGAUUUAUCCGUGGGUGACGAAAGUACUCAGGCAACCUUAGUAUACUUUAGGUCAAUAUAGCAUCAAUUUAGGGAAGAAAUUGCAUUGAGGAAAUGAUGCUCGAAAAUAAGGAAGUGGUGU